UAUCACGCAAAGCGAAAUUAUGAUGCGAGGAUCAGAGAGGGGAUACCUGUCCCUGUCAUGAUUUAACAGCUGUCCAUUCAUUCGUACCAGCCGAAUGUCCACCGCUAUAGUCCCAACUGCGGCGUUUGUUGACGCUUUAUGAGAGGAAGCUCCAGGUUGGUGUGUUUGAACUCUAUUAAUUUGCUAUUUCUAGAGAGCUAAGCCUGUAAGCCUGCACCAAAAACAAGCUGAGUAUUGCCGGGUAAGCCUAAAUCUGCUUUAACUCUACAGUGGUCCUUUACUAUAAACAUUUCUGCUUAUAUGACCCUCUAUUCACUCACACCUGCUGUAAAUAACCCUUUUACCCUCAUUCCCAGCUUGUGUUGUUUGCAGCAUGCUAAAUUUAGCUCUAUAGCGUAUUAAACAUUUAUAAACAACACACAAAACCAAAAUAAACGCCACAUUUUAUGUACUGCUGUCACUAUAAAUUUGCAUCCACGUCUAGCUUUGUCACUGUUGUUUUUCUCUUAAGUAUUGGCUGUUUUUAUAGUGUACUUGAUGUAGGUGACAGAGGAUACGCCUAUUAGCGUCAGCAUCUCUACGGGUUACGCAGUGUUGUGAAACGGAGACAACAAGCUUUGAGCAUCUUUUGCAAUAUUUACAUUAAUAACUGUAGUAUUAUACUUGCAUUAACGUCUGUGUUGUGUCAGUGUUGUGACAGUAUGGGUCAAGAUUCAGCAUGAGGUUAGUGUCAUCUUAGCACAUGACCCUGGUUAAUGAGAACAGCCUGCUUCAGGUUUGGUUUGAAGGCACUGAUUUUGAGGCUUUUAGUCCUCGUUGUUCAAGUCAGGUUACAUGUGCACACACACACACACACACACACACACACACACACACACACACACACACACACACACACACACACACACACACACACACACACACAGAGACAGAGAGAGAGAGAGAGAGAGAGAGAAAGUAAACACUUUUACUGUUUGAAAAAAUACUCCUUUAACAUGUCAAAAACAUAUAACAUAAUGAGUGAUGUCCAUUUUUCACAUUGCCUGUUUUUAUCUGUUGUUCCCAUGCAUGCAUUGUAUACUGCAAUGAAAUAUGACCCUCAGUCUAAAGGAAAAAACGCAUUUAAUGUCAAAUAUUUGUAAAGCUAUAGAUUUACUUUCUGGGUUCAUAGCAGAAUAAGUAUCGCCUAUGAUUGUCCGCCUCAGGCCCUGAGCUCCUUCUUCUCUUGGGUUCCUCUGGACUGUUGCUGCAGACAUGAACAUCAGCUUCACUGACAUUAAUAACAUAAAACUAGAGUUGACUACUAUUAGGGCUGCUGACUGUAAUCACAUUAAAUUAAUUUAACAUAGUCCAUAAUUACUCAUAUCCUAACUCUGUAAACUGAAUUCAUUUUGUUUCACCAUUACAUGAGCUGCUGUCUCUCUCUCUCACCCUCGUUCUCUACUCUUUCUCCCUCCCUCUCCCUUACAAAUUCUCUCUCUCCUUCCCUCUGGCUUGUUCUCUUUCUCUCCCCCUGCCCUCUCGCCACUUCUCUCUCUCUCCCUCUCUCUCUCUCCCUCUCUCCCCCUAUCUCUUUCAUCAAACAAUGAGCGUGGUCUAGACCUGCUCUUGUUCUUUGAAAAACAUCUUGGGAUGAUGACUGUUGUAAAUCGGCACUAUAUAAAUAAAAUUUGAUUGAUUUGAUUGAUAAGUGUAUAAAAUGGUUUGCAUGGGACAUAGUCACAAAAACUGCCUCCUCCUCAACACCUCAAAGACAAAGGAGAUGGUCAUAGACUGUUGUAGAUCCAAACCCCCUCUUCAGCCAGUGAACACCUGUGGAGAGGACAUCGAAGUGAUGACAUCAUAUAAAUACCUAGGUCUACAUCUGGAUAAUAAGUUGGACUGGUCUAAGAAUAUAGACUACAGCUACAGAAAGGGGCAGAGCCGCCUCUUUUGCCUGAGAAGACUCCGAUCAAUAGACAUCUGUAGUAAGACGCUGCAGAUGUUUUAUCAGUCUGUGGUGGAAAGUGUUCUGUUCUACGCUGCAGUCUGCGAGGGAGGAAGCAUCAAACACAAAGAUGCAAGAUGUCUUUAAAAACUGGUGAAAAAGGCUGGCUCUGUGGUAGGAUUCAAGCUGGACUCAGUGGAGGAUGUGGUGGAGAGAUCUACACUGAGGAAGGUGGAGACUAUUCUAAAGAACAUGGAUCACCCACUUCACAACACGUUGAUGGACCAAAGGACCAAUGGUGGUGGACGGCUCCUCUCUCUUUGCUGCAGGACAGAAAGAUUCAAAAGAUCUUUUGUAACAACAGCCAUUAGACUUUAUAACUCGUAUAAAUUGUAGAUAACUUUUAGAUUGACAUGACAAAUGAGACAACAGACAAUUGAAUUUCCCUUCAGGGAUCAAUUAAGUCCUUUUUAUUCUUAUAUCAUAGUGAUGCAGCUACAAAUAAGGGCCUUGCAGUAUGAAUUUUAUGCUAACAGACUGAGAUUUCAUAGUUAAAACAGUGUCUACAUUCACCGUCACUCUUCCUCACGUUCCCCAGGUUCCACUUCAAUCAUGCCCAUCUCCUUGCUAUGGGCGGUGGAUGUAUACGGGCGGGUCUACAGCCUCUCCACAGUGGGGCAGCAAUGGGAGCAGUGUCGAGAUGCUCAGAUGGAGUUCAAGCGGGUGACGGCAGCUCGGCAGUGCUGCUGGGGUAUUGCCUGUGACAACAGCAUCUACCUGAACGUCCAUGCUUCUGACCUACCAGUCCGCUACCAGGAGGAGACCUACGAGAACCAGGUUUGUGUCUGCCCUCAUAAGUGCCUUUAUAUAGACAGGUUUUUCUCAUGGAGGAUUUAAGUUCUUUAAAUUUCCUUGAACCCCCUUUUGUUCCUACUUAAAAUAUGCCAAGUCAAAUCGAAAAAAUGGAGUUCCCCUUAAUCUUGUGUCAUGUGGAAUGACUGAAAGUGUAAGUGCAACAUCCUCAUACAGGAAAAUCCAAUUUCCUAUGUUGCAAACUUCAGUAGACUGUCAAAACAAGCCAACAAGAAGCAUGUUGAACCAAAUUUCAAGCCACUUACUGCCAGAACAUUCAAUGUGAAUCUUUAAUUCCAAUGAAAAUCAGAUUGAUGCCAUUUUGAAUAUUUUGGGCCAAGUUUGUUUUCAGUCAUGUGUGCUUGAUGUGUGUUUGAUGUGAGCAUUAUACAUGCUUUUACAUGUUCUGUCUUUUGUCAGAGGUGGAACCCCGUUGAUGGUUUCUCUGAUCGGUUGUUGCCAAGCGAUCGAUGGCAGUGGAGUGAUGUCACAGGUUUGCAACAUCAGCCUCUUGACGGCUUCCUGCUCCCCUCCAACAGCUGGGAGUGGGAGGGCGACUGGUACGUGGAUGAAAACUUUGAAGGGGAACCUACAGAGAAAGGAGUAAGUGUUCAAUGUUUGUUUGGUUUUGGUAAAUUUGUUUCUUUUUUUUCCCGUUGUAAUCAUUGAAAUACUUUUAUUUGCAGGGGUGGAGCUACGCCAUCGAUUUCCCUGCUACAUACACCAAAGACAAAAAGUGGAAUUCAUGUGUUCGUCGCAGAAGAUGGCUCAGAUACAGGAGAUACAAAGCCAUGGAUACCUGGGCUAAGGUGUGUGCUAGUCCGUAUGUGUGUGUGUGCGUUAUAAAUGUGUGUUUGGCGUUUUCAUUUUUUCACCCCCUCUCCCCUGUGUGUGCUGACAGAUCCCCUCACAGCAGACAUCCCUACCAGAUCCCUUCAGUGACAUCAGCUGUGGGGGCUGGGAGGUCAGCGAGGAGCCCAGAGGGCGGCUGUCACUGUGGGCUGUGUCCCUGCAGGGCAAGGUACAUCUCACACAGACACACUGGUCUUCAAUUUAAUAAAUGCAAUCUCAUAGAUCACAUUUAUGAAAAUUGCAGGUGAUCACAGGUAAGAAUGUAGUGGUUGAUAUUAGGUAGAAGCUGAAUACCUGUGUGGGCAUGUCUUGCAUUUUGCACCUCCAAACUUUUACUUGCUCUGCACAAAAAAAAGUUUAACCUUGUAAAGUGUAACUUUCACAUUCAGGAUCAAAAGUCCUUGAAUCUCCCAUCAACUAGGUUUUUUUUUAUUUUAGUGAUAUACUAACUGUAAACAUCCAUGCUAAGGAUUUGCAAGUGUGUCUAGUUUCUUCAUUAAACAAAAAAACUUAAUAACAAAUGUUGACUUCUUGUUCUGACUUCUCACCCAACUCUCCUCUCUUUCCAGGUGUGGUUCAGAGAGGGAAUCUACCACCACAAUCCUGAGGGUUCUUCAUGGGAGGAGGUCUCUCUCCCUGGGGAAGUGGUCCAGAUCAGCUGUGGCCCAGGGGAUCUUGUCUGGGCAGUGCUGUGGGAGGGUCAGCUCAUAGUCAGAGAAGGCAUUGGCAGAGACUGCCCUAAAGGUACAUCAGCUGAUCAAUGGUAAAAGCACCUGGUUUGACUGUAAUGUCUGUAUUGUCCUUAUUCAAGAUAUUAUUGUAUAUGCAUCUCAGGGACCUCCUGGGCCAUGGUGGACUCCCCUAGUCCAGACGUUGGAGCUACACAUGUAGCUGUGGGAGUGAACGUGGUUUGGGCUUUGACCAAGGAUAACAAAGUAAGAAAAUUCAAACAUAAACAUGGUAGGAAUCAAUUUAUUUAAAAAAUAAACAGCUGAAAACUAUUUAAAUGAAGUAAGACAUUGUUUGUUUGUUUUUUACUGUUAUACAAAAUUUUAGUCAUUACUAAUAAAACAUUGCUUUGAGUUACUGCAUCUGGUAAACCAUACAAACCUUACAAAACACUAUCUCUAUAGUGAUUAUUUUCUGUUGUUAUUUUUAUUACCCAAAUUUGCUAUUUGAAAUGGGCAUCUUUAUAUAUUAACCCAAUACUGUGUCAAAUUAACAUUGUUUUCAUCUUGGCACUCUCUGUACCUGUUUGACUAAGAACAAGAUUUCAAACACAAAAAUAGUUACACUCUUUUUUGUAUUUUUCAGUUUACCAUUAUAAAUAAAGUAAAAUCUCUAUGUAUUACACUACUUUAAGCUGUAGUGAUAGUUUGGCUUUGUCCAUUUUCAUUGAAUUUGCUGUAGACAACAAGCCGCUCUCAAAAUUCACAUUGUCAAGAAGGAGACAAGUCACUGAUGGUUAUUUGAUUUUGAAUUCUGCUUCAAAGUGUGUGAGCAGAAUUCUGUUAAAAACGUGACGUCUUUUCUCCCAUCUCUCUGGUUUUGUCAGGUAUGGUUCAGACGUGGCGUGAACUCUCACAACCCCUGCGGCUCAGGCUGGAUCAACAUGGUGGGGGAAAUGAUCAUGAUCAACGUUGGCCUCAAUGACCAGGUGAACAUCCACAUAGUCAGAAACCCAACGUAUUCAGUAACCCCUUCUCACUGGUAUAAAGCAAGUCCACAUUUUUGGUUGAUCCUUUACUGUUGGGUGCAGGUGUUUGCUAUCAACUGUGAGGAUCGGGCAGUGUUCUUCAGACAAGGUGUGACCUCCAGUGAAUUGAGUGGGAAAACCUGGAGGACCAUUAAUGUCCCCCGGGACGGGGACCGAUCACACUCAAGUGCAAGUGCAAGCAGCCUGCAGAGGUGAGAAGACUUAGAAAACACACACACAUAUAGACAUCCACAAUAGAGACAGAUUUAGUCAAAAUUUAAUAUCUUUGAGAUCAGGAAGCGAGGAGGAGAUUCGUUGUGGAUUUUUGCACGGGGUUUAUGUAUCCAAGUUUCUAAUGCAAUGACCCAAAACUAUCAGACAUUGACUGUGAUAUCGAUGAUGCAUAUCAGCUUUCUGAAGCCAGAAUACUCCCACAACAAGUGCCCGCCAAUAUUUUUAGAGCCUGAGUCUAUGCAGCUUACAGAUUGGCUGGUUCACACACAAUACUAACCCCCUGCCCUUUGGGCUAACCAAAACCUGACCCUGAUCCCCUCAUCCUGAUUCUUCACAGUGCUGGAUGUUACUUUUGCGGUGAGGUCCAGGCCCAGACAGCAGCGAGUGAUGUGGAAUCAGACACAGACAAAGUAUCCACAGAUGGAGCCAACUGCCUUGUCGCCUCCACCUCCCCAGAAUCCUUCGUCGACGCCCCCACAGACCAGCCCACAGAGACCCCCAAACCCCGCAUCCCCAAAGUCACCAGCGACAGCUUCAUCUCUGAACUGGUCUCUGACAGAGAGCCAGGAAAGUGCUCCAGAGACAAAGCUCCUGCUGUUCUGGAAGAGGAGCCCCUCACUGAAGACGGUGAAGUCAAAGCCUCCUCUGAUGGUGUUGCUGUUCCCCAAAGUCAAUCUGGGGCUCCUCUUGAUCUCCAGUGGAGUAAUGUGGACCUGGAGGAGGCACAGAGUCAGCGGGUUCAGACUGGAGCAGUACUGGAGGAGGCUGACACCUGCAGCUUGUCAUCAGUGGCCACAUACACCCUAGCCAUGGAGGACCCAUAUGGAGCAGAUGAGCACCCUCUGUGGGCGUGGGUCAGUGGAGGAGGGUGCUCUGUAGACAGCCACUCUCAGCUCAGCUGGUUCAACUGCUCCACGAAUGCUUCCUGUGAGUUCAUUAAGGAAGGUUUGAACUCCAUUUUUCAGCUUUUAACACUGAAUAAGUUCAUAAGGGAAAGAUGCUCUUUGGAGGUGAGACAGAGCUCUGCAGUCGACUCUAGCAUGACUCAAUCUUCAUCUCAUGUCAACAGGAGAACAAAAAGAGAAGAAAAGCAACCACUUUUGAUUAUUUUCUGUUUUUAGGUAGUUCAUUUUUUCCAUUUUGGUCUCCCUCAGCUUUGGUCCAGUCCGUCCACUCCAUGGGUCUGUCAGUCACCCCAGCCCAGACAGCGGCCUGGAAGAAACAAAUCUUUGAGCAACUCAACGAAAGGACCAAAAGAGAGCUGGAUAACUUCAGACAUUACGAACAAGCCAUAGAACAGGUACAAUCAGGAUACUGCACAUUUGUAAAGAUGGUCAUUCAGAAUGCUUAUUCUGUGUCUCUUUUUGUUCGUGUUGUAUGUCUGGAUACAGUCAGUGUGGGUGAAGAAGGGAACCAUGCAGUGGUGGAGGGACUGGAAGCCACACAAGUGGAUGGACGUGCAUUUUGCCCUGGAGCAGUUCUCAGGACCAGAGGGCAACAAGGACGGCAUCCUUUUUAUCUACUACAACUUCUAUGAGGAGAAGAAGGUGAGGAAUGUGCGUCCGUUUGUAAAACAGGGAUUGGAGUUUGUUAUCACAACACAGUGACAAAGUCAGGUUGUCAUAGAGCCAACAGACAAUAGAUUCAUCUAGCAGAAGAAUGAGUCAUUAACAUGAAUCAUCACUGCUGUUCCUCUCUCACUCUUACUACUGCUUUCCCUCCUUCCCUCAGUCUUUAUUUUCUUUUUUGACUAUUUGUCUUAUUUACGUCUUUGGUGUUGCCCUCUCCAGUACCUUCAUGCGUUCAUCAAUGAGGUCACCAUCCUGGUUCCUGUGCUGAACGACUACAAACACACUUUUGCCAUCUACACCCCUGAGCGGACCAAACAAAGGUGGCCAAUCAGAGUGGCUGCAGCCACGGAGCUGGAAAUGCAUGAUUGGGUAAAGAGAAAUACUCACGCAGAAAAGCAGAAUGAAGCUAUUUUUCACUCUGAUUUUGUCUGAUUUGAUAUGAAAAAACUGACUCGAGAUUCUUAUUGUCUUCUUUCAAGAUGCAUGACAUGCCCACGCACGUCUGCAUCUCCAUCUUUAACGCCUCUGUCUGCGCCCUCUAAUCAUUCUGUUUGCGUGUCUCUCUCUCUCUCUCUCUCUUUUUGAUUCACUCUGUCUGUUGUCUGUUGGUCACGAUCUCAAGCUGGCAUUGUUGAGCGUGUCGUGCUGCGACUCCAGGGGGAUCCAGGGCCCCCCCUCCAAACAGGCCAUCUGGUCCAUCACCUGUAAAGGGGACAUAUUUGUCAGCGAGCCGUCUCCCAGUCUGGAGGCGGCGCCUUACCCGACACCCUGUGACCAGAUGUAAGAAUGACCGAUGAACCUUUGACAUACAGGAAAUUACAUAAAUGUAGAUUUUCAAUCAUUGUGAAAUUUUUACUGAUGACAUUUGUAAGCUUGUUUGUUCUCUCUCCCUCAAAUCAAUAAAUGUAAAACCCCCUUUUCUUUGGUUCAGGUUCUGGCGACAAGUGGGAGGUCACCUCCGUAUGAUUGAGUGUAACAGUGUUGGCAUUGUGUGGGGUAUCGGCUACGACCACACGGCUUGGGUCUACACAGGGGGCUAUGGAGGAGGAUUCUUCCAGGGUCUGGCCAGCAGCACAGAUAACAUUUACACACAGGUGGAUGUCAAGAGUGUUUACAUCUACGAGAACCAGAGAUGGAACCCUGUCACCGGCUACACCAACAGGUAUGGUGCUUGCUCUAGGUGUUGCUGAAAUUCAAGUUACAGAGGGAAGUCUGCACUUUGCAUAUCUAUGAAAUACAUCUGGAUAGUUCAGAAAGGGUACAAGGUAGGGUAUGACCUCAAAUCAAUAUCACCAUAUAUUGAGCAGUUCACCUCGAUAACGAUAAAUGGACGAUAACUACUCCACAAGCUGCUCACACCCUCCCACAUUAACUUCGUCUACUUCAGCUGCUACUCCAGUCGCUACAACUUUUGAACCGUCCUCCAUGUCCUCACCUGUCUUUCCCUCUUUGUUACGGACUGGAUGGGGUGGAGUCCAACUUUUAUUUAGUUUUUUUUUUUUUGACACAAAUAUAUUGAUAUGGCCAAAAUAAUGUCAGUUAUUGUUGUAAAUUUUCGGUUUAUCGCCCAGCCCUAGUGCAAGGCACAGACAGAAAGUAAUGUGCAGGCUUCUGAUAGAAACUAGAGUUGAAAUAACUAUUCUCCAUCUGACCGUUUCCUCUCACUCUUUACUACAACACCACAUCAUGAAAAACAAAUGGAAACUCGCUGCUUGUAGUGGUUUGAUUUUAAGCAUAAAAUACUCCCUGGACUCAUUUUAUGUCUUUGCUUGUUUGUAUUUCAGAGGACUACCUACAGACCGUUACAUGUGGAGCGAUGCAUCAGGGCUACAUGAGUGCACAAAAACAAACACAAAACCCCCCUCUCCUCAGUGGACAUGGGUGAGCACAACUACACACACUCACACACACACACACACACACACACACACACUUUUCCAAGAUACUAAUGAGUUGAGAGUGCUCACUUCUGUUCUGCUGUUCUCAGGUGUCUGACUGGGCCAUUGACUACAGUGUCUCAGGGGGGACUGACAGAGAAGGCUGGCAAUAUGCGGCUGAUUUUCCAGCGUAGGUUUCAUUUGCCACUUUCCAAACGGUCUCAGUGUGUAGUUUGUUACCAAAUACUCUGCCUUCAGAAUAAUGACAUGUUUUUCAUCACACUCUGCAGAUCGUAUCACGGCUAUAAAACCAUGAAGGACUUUGUGCGUCGCAGGCGAUGGGCCAGGUACUAUAAAAAUUUACUACGCUGUUAGCCUGUCCAACCUAUUUGUUUGUUUAGCAGGUACAGAGUGGCCUGAAAAACGACAUUAGCAGUUUUUUGUGUGUGUGAUUGUGUGGCACAAAAGCAGAGGAUAAAAUAUAGAAGUGUAGAAAAUCAUUUUUAUGAUCAAUCAGUGUGAAGUAAUGAAAUAGCAUGUUUGUGGCAGGAUAUAUUUUUAAACAGACCUUAAAUAAGAGUUACAGAAAUUGCUGCUAUUUGGAAAAACAUAAGAAGGAGCAUCUUUACAAACAUUUAUCUUUAAAGCAUUUGGUGAGCUAUGAGAUCAUGUUACUGUAGUUUCAGCUAAAUUAGCUACAUAGAAUAACUGUUUAUUGAAAAUGAUUUUAAUCCCAAACAUACAGUCUUACAUCUCUCAUAAGACAGUGCUUUUAGGAGAUGCAGAUGAUUAAAGAAAGUCAUUCAUGUUGUGUAACUGUUUUCAUAACUUUCUUAUCGGGUGUUAUUUUUGCUUGUCAUUAUUUGAAAGAAAAAUGUGUUUGAACGUAACGCCUAUUAUCAGAGAUCAGCCAAUCAAUGCUGAAUUAUGGUUUGAGUUUUAACAUGAACAUUUUAGCUUCAUAACAACAUCAUAGCCUGUAUUAGCAUAUUCAUAUUUUAAGACCAUGGUCCCAGUCUUCUGCUACAUCCACAACACCUGAACCAUUUUACCUGCAGAGAUAAGAGUGCCUGAGCUUUCUGUCCCAUUUCCUGUACAGGAAGUGCAAACUAGCCACCACUGGACCCUGGCAAGAAAUCCCCCCGAUACCACUGAGUGAUGUAACCAUCCUGCCAUGUGCCGCUCAGAGCAGCGUGGACGUGGUUUCUCUGUGGGCGAUCAGCAACAAGGGAGACGUGCUCUGCAGACUGGGAGUCACCGCUCUGACACCUGCUGUGAGUCACGACUAGAUAUCCAGACACUCCAUGAACAGGUUAUACACUGUUUGAUGAGUCACACACGAGCAGUUAAGGCACUUUCCUUUUCUCAUGGCAUAAGUCCUGAUCACUUACACACUUUCCACCUCAGUUUUGAAAAGUUUUUCUAAGUCUUUUCUAAUCUUUAGAUUUCAUUUUUGGCAUAGUUUUGGUUCGGGGUGUCAAUGCAAAAUUGCCAGAGAUACAGUCCUCCUGACAAAUUGCUCUUAUUAGGUUUCUAAAUACAGAAAAUUCAGGGGUUCUAUCUGUAACGCCCAAACAAAAAAGACCAUAACACCCUCUCGUUGGUCUCUCAGGGAUCCUCGUGGCUCCACGUAGGAACAGACCAGCCUUUCAAGUCCAUCUCCAUUGGGGCUGCCAGCCAGGUUUGGGCCAUUGCCAGGGACGGGUCUGCCUUUUACAGAGGAUCAGUCUCUUCACAAAGCCCAGCAGGUCAGUUGGAGAAACUGUGAUAUGCCUGUUAAAAAUCCCGGAAAUAGAACUUAAGCAGUUGUCUAAGUUAAAACAAUAUUUACUCCUGAACGAACAGAUAAAAAAAGACCUUCCAUGCAGUUAACAGAUCAUGUUUACUUGGUGUUUGUCUCCCUCCGCAGGAGACAGCUGGUACCACAUCCCUUCCCCAGCCAAGCAGAAACUAAAGCAGGUCUCUGUAGGGAGAACGUCUGUCUACACAGUUGAUGAAAAUGGUAAUGCACUUGUCUAUUUACAGUGACACAUACAUGCAUUAUUAUAGGUAAAUACCAGAUAAUCAUGAGCCAGGUGUGGUCUAAUAAUGUGUCUGUCAUCCAGGUAAUCUAUGGUAUCGCCAGGGUGUGACGCCCAGCUACCCCCAAGGCUCAGCCUGGGAACACAUCUCUAAUAAUGUACGCAAGGUCUCUGCAGGACCUCUGGACCAGGUCAGUACCAAAACAUCAGGACUAAAUGGUGGGACUUGUUUGAGAUGCCACUGCUAUUUGCUAUAACGUGCCACACAAAGAGUGAGAUGGUAGACAUGGCCAUUGAAAUACCUUUUAUUAUUAUUAUUUGGUACUGAAGGUCAGACUAUUGUCUAUUUAUACAUAUAUAUAUAUAUAUAUAUAUAUAUAUUUGGAGCUCCUAACACUAGUAUGAAUUUUUUCUUGAAUGAGUCAAGUUUUCCCAAUUUAUACAUCUACACUAAAUCUGUCUAAGCCUUCUUAAAAACACAAUUUGGAAGUCAUAAACAUUAUUGCGUGGGGUUGAUUUGUGUAUUUUCUUUUUAAUUCUGGAUCAUAGGUUUGGAUCAUCGCAGACAAAGUGCAGGGCAGUCGCAGUCUGAGCUGUGGGACAGUUUGUCACAGACUCGGGGUCCAUCCAGCAGAGCCUAAAGGACAGUCAUGGGACUACGGCAUUGGGGUAUGUCACUACACAACCCAAACUUACAACAGUGUUUUCAGAAGGUUUUGGAUUUGACAAAAUUUGUUUUUUUAGUAAAAUUAAACGUGAUUUUUGGAUAAAUACUACCAUCUACUGCAUCAGAGUGAUGAUGUUAGAUUAUUGAGCUGUCAGUGGGCCAACAGGCAUAUUAUUGACCUGUCAACAAAGUGUUUUUGGCUGCUAUUUGAUUUGACAGCCUUUACCUUUAGAUACCAAAGACACGAUGAACCCCUGUCAUCAGGGUUUUUGUGCUGAAUUAAUUUUUCUGCAACAAAAACAACUAAAAAGAAAAUUAGGUAACAGUCUUUAAUUUCAAAUUUUUGUUAAAUAUUGAGUAUUGACAAAUGUAACUGUGAGGUAUUGGAUACUGGUGCAGGAGCCCUUUUGGUUUUGUGAUCACAGAAUCAUAAAAUACUUCCAUGUAACUGAAGUCUUUCUGUCUCUGAUCUUGUCUUCAGGGUGGUUGGGAUCACAUCACAGUCAGAGGGAACUCCAUGGAGCCGCCUCGUCUUCCCUCUCUCACAGACACCCUACUACAAUCCUAGGACCACUUUCCUCUCAGGACCACAGGGAUCAACACUGAUGUUGUGGUUUGUUAAAAACACAUACAUCCACGAGUGCACACCUACUGUACAAAGCAAAUCCUGAACCAUUGUACCUUUGUUAUUUUAGUUUCAUUUUGUUUUGUUUUUUUGUUUAAAGGUAAAUCUUGAUUUACAGCACAGUCGGUAGACUUCAUAUUACCAUGUGACAGAAAAAUGUGACUUUUGAACACUGAGCUCGAUGUUUAAUGCUGAGCUAAUGCUGCCUCUUUCUCCCUAAAGAGAAACUCUCGUUUUUUUUAACUUGAAUGUAUGUCAUUUCACCAACUAUUCAUCUCCUCUGUGUUUGCUGUUUUUAAAAGGGAAAUAAGUUGAUGUACUGUUAAGGUGUCAGCUCCUGAGCUUGUAAUGUAAACAAAGUGGAAAUGAGGUUUCAUUUUAGCCUGCAGGCAACAGGCUGACAAAUGUCACCCAAAGAAUAAAACCCAAUUACUCCAGAAACAAAAGAAACAAUGAAGACUGGAUCAAACAGGCAGGACAAUGUCUGAUCCAGUCCUUACUGGCUGAGCUUUUUGUUGUCUUCUCUUUUUUUCUACUUUUUUUUAGGUUCAUGAAAAGACUUUUUUCAGUACCACAAUUCAGAGAUAUUCAAUUUAGUAUAAAGCUGAGUUUUGAUGGCUGUGAGUUUUCUGUUAAUCAAAGAAAACACUUAAAAAACACACAUCAGUCUUGAUCUGUUAUAGUGUGGUACCAUUAAAGCUCCUCUGAGGUACCUCCAAUGUUGUUGGCCCCUUUAAAUAGAUUAGACUUUGCUGUUUUUGAGCUGUACACAUGACACUCGUGUUUCCAAACAACAAAAAUCUUACAAGUGGACUGGUGUUUUUAAUUCCAAGCCAGCGUGUAGCAUCAAUCACAACACCUGCACUAGCUUCAUUUACCUGUGGUGGUUGCUGCUAGCUUUGAGCCAACAUCUGAGUGAUAUUUUAAAAAGAUUUUAAAGUUUAUUUUCAACAAAUAGGUAAUUAUUGUCACUCUGUUGUUUUCAUGGUGUAAGUGCAACGGUUGGUGGUGUAAAGAAAGGCCAAGUGUGGAUUACUCGUAAAAGUCUUGUGGUCAAAAUGAUCGAACUAACCUUCCUCUUUUCUCAGGAGAAUAUGUGCAUGCUGUCUACUUCCUUUGUACUGAUGUCAAGCAGUCAACAGAAAAGGCUAAAACUGCUGUAUAUGUAAAAUAGCUGUAUAUCUGUAAAAUAUGAGUUUGAAAUAGUGAGUAUAAUGGUCAUAUAUAAAUGUAGGGUUGUGUUUUUGACAAUGCAGCUUUCUGCUGGCUAAUAUAAAAGAGAAAACACGCUGAUGAACUGCAUCUGCCCCAGCAUUAAUUUCUAUUAACUGCCUAAACUCCCUCAUGUCAUUAUGUCAUGUUUGAAUAUGGUGCAGCUCGGAAAUGUUGGAAGCGUUCAGGAGUGCGGCUGUAUUAUCUGUGAAUAACAUCUCACUGUUCCUGUAACACAAAUGUUCUUUUAACACUAUGGAGUACAUUUCUCACACUUUGCAUGGUCAAAAUAAAACUCCUUGUCAAUAAAUAAAUGUGUUUAUUGAUACCUCUCCUCAUCUUUUUCACUAUAAUGUCCCACCUCAAGACACACAGAAACACAAAAGUCAAAUAACAAACACUCAUCGUCCUUGCCUUCCAGCUACAGAUGCGCAACCUGUAAAAAGACAAGUAAAUGUGUACUGAAAUUUUUUUUUGAAAAGAGCAAACAAAAUGCUAGCCUUAAAAUUUCAAUACUUAGUCUUUCAGCUUGUCUUUCCUCUCUUCAUGAUUGUGACAGUUAUGACCAGAGGCUACACUUGGCAGGUUUCUCAAUAGCAAACACAAAAAGAUCAUGAGAUAACACGAAGGAGAACAACUUUCCUGCACCACUCAAGCCUGUAGAAAAAAAAGGAGAUAAGAGACAGAAUGACCCUUCCUCAAAAAAAGUACAAUAAUAAAUGAGUCUUUCUCCACCUCAUGAUAAAUCCAUGUGGUUUUCGCUGUCCAGUUUUCAGUCUUUGGGACCUCAAACUCCAUAUUUUGCAUGUUACAGUUUGACAACCCCCUGCUAUGGUCAGUCAUCUCUAACCAUCCAGUUCAUACAGAGGACUCCACCUUGUCUUCUUGUAGAAAACUGGAAUUUAUUUGGACCCUAGAAGUUUACCCACACCUCAGUCUGACUUGAAAACAGCUUCCAUCCUGGGGCUCCUCUGGUCUCAAGGCCAGACUCAGCCACUGUUAGCUUUGUUGACUUAAGCUGUGCACAUGGGUGAGGUACUGGGUGAGAUCAGCCUCCCCCUCCUCCUCCAGGUGCUGCUGGUAACACUGGAGCAACUUGGCAGCACUGGCUUCUGAUGGGACCCCCCCAGCAGGCAGACAUGCCCCUGACAUAUCCAAGAUGAUGCUGGUUAAGGAUUUGAUGUAGUUCUUGGCCAGGGUCAGGGUCUCAAUCUUGGACAGCUUCUUUUCAGUCUUGACGUGUGGGAUGGCCUCUCGUAAUGCUUGGAAGGCAUUGUUGAGUUUGUGCAUGCGCUGGCGUUCCCUCUCAUUGCUCUCCAGCCGCCGGAUGCUGCGCUCCUUGUUGCUGGAGCCGUGCUGCCUACGCCUCCGACCUCCCCCUGCACCUCCUUGACGCUUCCCAUCUCCACUUCUCAAGGAUCCUCUCCAGGAGCCUCUGAUCCGGACAGAGGCCUCAGAGCCCUCCUGCUCACUUGAACCUGGUUCACUGGUGUCUGGUUCCAGCUCUGGAUCUGGGUCAGACCAGGUCCUCCUGGGUGGUUUGGAAACCUUUCCUUUGGACUUCAUCCUGCACCCUCCUUUUUCUCUCUUUCUGUGAUACUGAAGUUCUUACAGCUCCCUCAGCCCUGGAGUAAAAACAGGGGAUUUAGGAAACAAAACAAACAGAGAUAGCUUUUUUUUCUAUCCUUUUUCUUUCUCUUUUUUUUUUAACGGAUCCUUUCCGAAAAACAACCAAUACGCCUCUAUCCAAUUCAAACAGUUUUGCAUCCUGUUGUAUCUAAUCAGGCUGGUGCAGUGUGAAAACUCCAUGAUGCUGAUGUGUUAAUCUACCCCUCUCUUAUCCCCACAGGCCUGUGAUAAUGCCCAUUUCAAGGUUACACUCACAACAACAGAGAGCCCAGCCAGCACUCUCUAUUUAUCACCUAUACUCUUAUUAAAGAUAGUUUAUCAGUAAAUUAUCCCCUUUUAAACUUAUUUAUAAAAGAACCUCAUACACACAGCUCAUCAUGUUAAAAUAUAUAAUUAGCAGUAGAUCUAAGCAAGUUUCACACUGCUGUUUUACAUAGAUAUAUACUCACAAUAAAGAUUACUCUAUUUUGCUACUUGAUGUGAGAUAACUCUCAUUUACUUGAUUUACUUACACAUAGAGAGACACAUACACACACUCUGUCAACAUAAAAGUGACAAAAACAGUGCGACAUGACACAUGAACACUCACCUUAAAAGUUUGAGUAACUUUCCUUCCUCCUGAGUUUUUACAGAAAAAUCAGCACCAUGCAGCCGGUCAUUGAAAACAGCAUCAUGCAAUAAACGCAGCAGAGCGGCUCCGUAUAGCGGACACACACUCACACACAGAGAUAACUGUCACAUGCGAGCUACCUGUUAGCUGACUGAUGUACACGUUGCUCUGCUCAGCCAAUCAGAGAGCAGGAAACACUCCCCUCCAGAUCAGCGUUCAGCCCACAUGAACCUAAAAGCUACUGCUGCUGUGGAGUGGGAGUUACCGUCCUAAAUAACAUCUGUAUUCACAAAUAAUGAGAGAAACAAUAACAUUUUAAGUAUAGAGAGUGAGUAUUAUUUAACAAUGUGCUCUCAGUGUUAAAAUAGUUCACAAUGAACGUCUUGAAGUACUUCUCCAAAAGUGAAAGCCGUUUUAAAGUUACAGGUAUGAGUAGGCCUAUCAGGAACAUCAUAGACUACACAACGUUCAAAGAUUAUUAUUGGGUGUUUACUAUAUAUACACAACGAAAAACCAAAAUGUGUUAAUGUUAGAAGUUGAGCCACUGUUGUAUCAACUUGAACUGCUGUAAUCUGUUGUAAAUAAGUGUAGAUUUAUAAAAAUUUGAAAAAUAAAAAAAGGAUAGGGGGGCUUUUGUCACUCUCAAAUAUUUCCUCUGAACUAUCAUCAAUUUGUUGUGUCAAUUUAUUUGUCAAAGUUUAAUCUGAACCACACCAUCAAGAUGUAUUUUGCACAUGAUAAAAAAAUAAACAAGUUGUUUGUUUUGGACCACUUUACUGAUUCACUCGACCACAUAGGGUGUACCUCACUUCUACUGUAUAUGAGACUGUAUAUGCCCCAUGUGAAGAGUAAAAUCGUUGACUUUUUUGUAAUAUGUAAGCUUUUCCCUCUACCAGAAGCAGCAGAAAGGCUCAGGUUUUUGCCAGUUGUGGGAGUUACAUUAUCAGAUUGACAGAGGCCGAAACCCUCAUUUAACUCAGAGCGGUUAACAUAAUUUCCAUUGAGGCUUAUCGCCCUCCACUGCUUCAUUUGAAUACAGUCCUCCAGGCUACACCUGAAUGCACUCAGUAACAACUCUCAUUCAAACACAUUGGUUACAUUAUUUACUUUUUACCAGACAGUUUUUUUUUUUAACUUUGUAUUGUUGUUUCUCAUUUACUGACAGUUGUACAAGAUAACAAACAAGGCAGAUCAAGACUUAAUGAGCAAACUGACCCUUUUCUCACUUGUGCGUGUGAUUUGCAGUAAUUCCACCUUGUCUGUUCGACCUGGGGCUUAGAGCACACUGUUGGCAGUUGAGAUUAUUGCCCUUUCCUGCUGUGACAGACAAUGAAGUAGACGUAAGGUGGUGUCAGGACACUGAGACGUAGGCCUGUUUAGGUUCAAUUGUGUGUCACAGUGUGGCUUAUACAGUGAAAAUCAGCACAUACCAAAGUCUUGUAGCUUUUCUUAAAUCUCCAUGUUUUUUCUUUUUUUUAAUGGAUGGGUGUUCCUCUCAGUUACAGUCAUUACUAGCCAAUCAGAGCAACAGAUUAUAUGUUGUAAGCUAUGUACAGAGAGCUGAAUAAGUUGCUGCUUACUUCAGUCGUCAGCAUAGAUGUGUACAACUACACUGGUGUUUCACAUCAUUUGUAGGUGACAUGAACCUUGUCAAUAACAAUUCAGACUAGUUUUUACAAUAUACGUCUGAAAAGGGCAUAUUUCACCAGUUCAGACCACUGCUGUAGCCGCACCCAUGCUAAUCUCCUCAAAGGCCGCCAUAGGCUUACAGUGACUUAUUGUAGUCACAAUUUUACAUGCCCAUACCUCUUACUUCCUCUCACUCAAAUUACAAAAAGAUCAGAGCAACUGUAUCAACUCAAAACUCUUUGAGAUGGAUCUGCCAGUAAUUUAGCCAAUUUAGCUAAAUUUAGCUCUUGGCGCUAACAGCUGCAGUAUAGGUCAUAGAUCCCACCUCCGCCAGCAAAGUUUAUGGGGCUGUGGACAAACUUUAGAAAUUUAUUACACAGAAGAUAAUUUUUUUUUCUCCCCUGCUUGCGAUGUUGACAUGUUAUGUUACAUGUUAUUGUAAGACUGGUUCGUGCUCAAGUCUUCUUUUUUCUGUACAGCUCAGUUUUUAAAAGUUAUCUGAGGGUUCAUGUUUUCUAUGAUUGACACCUGAUACAGCCAAUGGGUGUACAAGGAUUGUGUCGCUCACCCAGGUGAUACGCUGUUUGAGCCGAGCAUCAUCACAGCGAGUCUCUGUGACUCUCC